AUGGCUACAUUGUUGCGGUGCUCAAUGACGAGACGCAUGUCCUCCACGGUGCCGAUCUUCAACCGAGCUAUCAAGCGGCAACAGCGCAACAAUAUUUCCCAGAUAAAAAACAGCAACGAGUACGAGUAUUUAAAAGACGAGGUCUCUCGUCGCCUAAUCGACCGCCUUGAGGACAUCGAGCGAGACUUUCCGUUGGCACUGGACCUCGGAUGUGGCAGUGGGCACCUGUACAAGAACUUGAUUGUAGACGAUGGACUCGGUGGCAUCAAAACGCUACUUCAAUGUGACUCUGCUGAAUCUUUGCUUCUUCGCGAUGACCUCAAAACUGGCGACAUUACAUUGAAGACGUCACGUCUAGUAGCGGACGAGGAAUUUUUGCCGUUUCCAAGGCAUGAAUUUGACUUAGUUAUGAGCUCUCUGGCCUUGCAUUGGGUUAAUGACCUCGAGAACACGUUCCGUCAGGUGCUAAAUGUGUUGAAACCCGAUGGCGCAUUCGUGGCCGCGGUGCUAGGAGGUGACUCGCUUCAGGAGCUACGAAGCGCCUUUAUUCUCGGCGAUCAGGAGCGUCAAGGGGGUAUUUCACCGCAUAUUUCUCCCUUCAUGAACAUUGGGGAUGCCGGUAAUCUCCUGUCAGCAACCGGCUUCAACCUGUGCACAGUGGACACAGAUUACAUCUGUGUGGAAUAUCCAAAUGCAUUCGUGCUAAUGGAACAUCUGCGUGGCAUGGGCGAGAACCACGCCGUAAGCUCGAAAGGUUUGCCAGCCACGCGCGAUUCUUUGCUUGCCACUGCCUCGAUCUACCAGUCUAUGUUUGGUCAGCCAAAUGGCACAGUUCCCGCCACAUUUCAGGUAAUUUAUCUCAUCGGCUGGGCCCCUCAUGAGUCGCAGCAGAAACCGCUACGUCGCGGCUCGGCGCAGCACUCAUUAAAGGAGUUAGGCCACGAUUAA